GAGCUCUGCCCCAAGGAUCAUCCCUACCGCCCUGCAGCACUGUUCAAUCUAGCCACCGAAAAGUUAUUUAGCUACCAAGCUAACGGAACAUAUCUCGACCUCGACAUCCCUGUCUCUCUUUUUCAAGACGUCCCAUUGGUCAUUCAGACCGACUUAUCACCCAACUCCAUCUUGCCAUUUCUCUGUAAUCUCGCUCUAAUUCUGCAAACUCGCUUCGAGCGUCGAGGCAGCCACAAGGAUCAGGCCAUUAUACUUCAGACAGAAAUGUUGGCUCCAUGUCCGGUCGGUCACCCAGAUCGGUCUUGGGCAUUAAAUAAUCUUGCAAAUCAACUCUUCACCCGCUUUGAGCACCGAGGCAACAACGAAGACUUGGAUCAGGCCAUCGCACUUCAGGCGAAAGCGCCAUCUUUGCGCCCGGUCGGUCAUCCAGGUCCGUCCAUGUUAUUAAAUAACCUUGCAAAUCAACUCUUCGCCCACUUUGAGCACCAACGCAACAGAGAAGACCUCGAUGGGUCA